AUGUCAAAAUCCAUGCCUUCCUCAGACUGCUGUGGAUCUUCACCUGUAGCACAAAUUGUCACAAAAGUAAAAGAGCUAGACCCACCCAAGACUUAUACCCAGGAUGGUGUGUGUUUGACUGAAUCAGGGAUGACUCAGUUACAGAGCCUCACAGUUGCAGUUCCAAGAAGAAAACUGUCAAAACCAAAACUGAAAUUGAAGAUUAUAAAUCAGAAUAGCGUGGCCAUCCUUCAGACCCCUCCAGACAUCCAAUCAGAACAUUCAAGGGAUGGUGAUAUGGAUGAUAGUCGAGAAGGAGAACUUAUGGAUUGUGAUGGAAAAUCAGAAUCUAGUCCUGAGCGGGAAGCUGUGGAUGAUGAAACUAAGGGAGUGGAAGGAACAGAUGGUGUCAAAAAGAGAAAAAGGAAACCAUACAGACCAGGUAUAGUGCCUGAGGUAGACAUUUCAAUAUCAUCAACACUUGGUUAAUUAAAGAA